AUGGCGCUGCUGGGCUCCUGUGAGCGCCUGCAGGACGCGGCCCGCGGCGGAGUGAACCCCGACCUCGCCAGCGAGCGGCUGGCGCGCUCUCGUGGAGGAGACGACGUGUCCGGCAGGACUCCCCGCAGCGAGGCCGCGGUAGAACAAACUAUCCCGCAUUGCCUUACAGUUGAAGCUAUUGAAAGCGACCCUGUAUUUAGCCAAGAAAAUCAGUAUUUCCAAAGCCAGAACGAGAGGUACGAAGCAGCGGUCAGAAGGGCUGUUUAUCUCCAGAAAAAGAUCCGUGAGAUGGGAUGGAGUGAGACCGGGCCUGAAUUCCAGUACAUUUACAGGUGCCUUUCAGGAGAUGUAGCCCUUCUCCUGCACCGUGUCUUCAUAAGAAGCAUUUCAGUACUGGGCUCUGAUGAACAGAUUGCCAAAUGGAUUCCUCUUGCCACUGACUACCGAAUCAUAGGAAGCUACGCCCAGACUGAGCUGGGACACGGAACUUAUCUUCAGGGUUUGGAAACAACAGCAGUCUUCGAUACUGCUACUCAAGAGUUCAUCCUGAACACACCAAAGAUCUCUGCAAUGAAGUGGUGGCCUGGAGACAUGGGAAGGUCAGCAACCCACAGCCUUGUCUUUGCUCAGCUCUAUGUCCACGGGAAGUGCUAUGGAGUGCAUCCCUUCAUCCUGCAGAUACGCAGCCUUCAGGACCAUUCACCAUGUCCAGGAGUGACUGUGGGAGACAUUGGUCCCAAAAUGAAUUUUCAGCACACUGACAACGGCUUCCUCCGGCUGCAGAACGUGCGUGUCCCCAGGGAGAACAUGCUGAGCAAGUUCUGUGAGGUUCAGCCAGAUGGCACCUACGUACGAUGGGGGUCCCAGAAGAUUAAUUAUUUCACGAUGACUUCAGUCCGCAUUGCCAUCCUUCCAGGCGAAGUUAUACUGCCCCUCAUGAAGGCCUGCACCAUCGCCAUCAGAUACUCGGCCGUUCGCCGGCAGUCCAAGCUGAAGCCUGGGGAACAAGAAGCAAAAAUCCUUGACUACCAAACACAGCAACAGAAACUGCUGCCGCAGCUGGCAACAGCCUAUGCCUUUCAUUUCAUCAACACCUACCUGCACGAGCUGUUCAACAGGGGGUACCAAGACAUCCAGGGCAAGAACUUUGACUCGCUGCCAGAGCUUCAUGCAUUUUCUUCGGGUUUUAAAGCCAUGGUUAGUCAACACUGCACUUCAGGAGUGGAGAUCUGCCUCAGGGCAUGUGGAGGACACGGGUACUCUCUGCUGAGCGGACUCCCUUCCUUGUACACUAGAAUAAUUGCUUCUUGCAUUUAUGAAGGGGAAAACACAGUUUUGUUCCUGCAAACUGCCAGGUUCCUCAUUAAGUGCUUCAUGGCAGCGAGUGCUGGCCAGCCCAUUCCACCAUCUGUCACUUACUUGUCUUCAGUGAAACCUGGGAAGUGCCCAGCCAAGGACAAGUCGGAUUUUCUCAGUCCAGAAACUUAUCUGAAGGCCUAUGAACAAAUGGCAAUCAGACUCAUAAGCAGCAGCGCAGCUAAACUGCAGCACUUGAUCCAGUCAGGAGUCACCAAGUACGAAGCCUGGAACCAGUGCACGGUACAGCUGGAAAGGGCCGCAAAGGCUCAUUGCCACUACAUCACUGUGAAAAACUUUGUGGAAACUGUGGAGAAACUUGACAACAAGGCCGGUAUCCAGAAGAUUAUGAAACACCUUUGUGACCUCUUUGCAUUACAUGGUAUCUUCACAAACAUGGGAGACUUCCUGUACGACGGAUACCUCACUGCAGCUCAUAUGGACCUGGUCACAGCAUCGUACCUGGACCUCCUGGCUGUCAUUCGGAAGGAUGCUGUUCCACUAGUGGAUGCUUUUGACUUCACAGACAAGAACCUGAAUUCUGCUCUUGGCAGUUAUGACGGGCAGGUUUACCAGCGGCUCUACGAGGGGGCUCGCAGGUCGCCCACCAACCAGCAGGGGAACCCAGCUUAUGGAAAAUAUCUGAAGCCACUUCUUCAGAACACACUAUCAAAAUUAUGAAGACAUGAUCUAAGCCAAGGACAUAAGUUCCCUCCCUCCUGUUCUUUGUGCAGCAGUACAUUUAUACAGCAUCAGUAAUGACUAAUCAGAGAUUGUUAAUCAGCUACGUGCUUGCAGUUGCUAUGCAUGAA